AGAUUGGUGGACUUGUUGCUACCAUGGCACGCCCGGGAACUCUGCUGUGUGUGGCCGGUGUCAGCUUGCUGGCAGCCAGCUUGGCCUUCGUUGGUACCCCUGCAGGGAGCCAUGCCAGCAGCGAGACACGCAACGUAGAGCUCGCAACUAGGGCACUGCCAAAUGGAAUUGUGGAGUCUUCGAAGUCCGAUGAGGCAGCAACCGAGCAAUCUGCUGCUGGAUCCUUUAUGAAGUGGACUGCAGCAGGACUCUUGGCCGGCCUUGUGAUGGCUGUGUCUUCCAGCGCCCCUGUGAGCGCCAAGCCUUUGGACAUGUUUGGUGGAGUUGACAUUGACUUGGAGAACACCCCAGAGCACUGGACUAUCAAGGCCUCCCCCAUUCUGGAGCCUUGCAAGAACAACAAGUACUACCACAAGAAGUUCAAGGAUGAGUUGUACAAGACCACCAAGCAGCAGGCCAGGUAUGCCAAGGGUUCCGCAGUGUAUGCUCGCUUCAACAAGAAGGUUGCCAUGAUCAAAGCCCGUGAGGAGGCCUAUGGAGACAGGCUGUGCGGCAUCAAGGAUGGCAAUCCUCGUGUGGUGGCCACGGGUGAAUGGAACGUGCGCGCCAGUGUGAUGUGGCCCGCCACCAUCUUCCUGUACAUUGCAGGCUGGAUUGGUUGGGCUGGCCGCUCCUACCUGAUCCGCACCAACGAUGAGACCAAGGAGUUGAACAUCGAUGUUCCUUUGGCCUUGACCUGCAUGGCCAGUGGCUUCUCUUGGCCAGUGGCUGCAUGGCAGGAGAUCGUCAACGGAGAGAUGGCUGUGCCCGACAGCAACAUCCACCCUGGUGGUCCUUGGACCCAGAGCUGAGCUGAUACUUACUGUGUGUUUGUGCAGGAGAAGCCUUGUGUGCAGAGAUUUGUUGGCCCCUUGUUUUUG